AUGGCCAAGGCAGAUACCCUGUUUUUGUGGCCCCACGCCCUGGAACCCAUCCAAGAUCGCCUGGAUACGUGCCCGGGCGGGUGGCCCCAGUCCGGUCACCACCACCCGCUAAGGCACCCCCACCUCCCCCAGUUAAACCCCACGGCCCACCACCACAGAGACCGGUCUCACGCAGCCAGACUGAGGACACAUGAUGUCCUGGAUGAAAACUGUCCAGACCAUAACCCUUCUCUGAGCAGUUGGAAUCCAGGUCAUCAACCAGACAAGCCUAUUGUCGUCAGAAAGGGACAUUUAUUUAGACUGGAAACGUCUGCUUCUUUUCUUUCCCUAACAAUCCAAUCAGGAGGUCGGGUAGUUUUUGCAGACAGCCCUGAUGGUGCCAAAAACAUAACCGUUAGAACUGGAUACAUCCUCAUAGAAGAUGAUGGAGCCCUGCACAUUGGAGGCCCCAAAUGCCGCUAUCGUUCCCGUGCAUCCAUCGCUCUAUUGGGUCGUUCGAACAGCCAAGCGAUCCCUAAUGUUCCUGACUUUGGCCGCAAGUUCAUAGGGGUCAUGAAGCGCUACGACACCCAUGAUUCCCGCAAUGACAGCCAGCGGCUCACUCAGCAGCUCCGGGCGCUGCCAGAAGGACGCAUUGUGGCCCUGGCUGUCGGCGAUUCAGCUGUGAAAAGUCUUCUGGAUGAGACCAAGAAGGCUAUUGAAGAGAGGCUGGGGAGCAGCUAUGUCUAUGACCUCAAGUACAGGCAGGCAUGGGCCUUGGUGGCAGUGGUGGGUGGCGGUAAUACCUCUUGUUCAGAGGAUGUAAAAGAGCAUGAAAACCAUGAGACCGGUGGCCAAGCCUGGGCAAGACGCAACUUCACCACAGUCAAUGGAGUGGGCUUUUCCGUCAGUGCUUACAGUGAAUGGAAAAAUGGAGUCGCCAUCUCAGGCUUCCAGAUUGAUGCUCUCGAUCAGGUUGUGUUGAAUCUUCAGGAUGAAGUUCAGAAAAGUUGGAAACCUAAAGAUCAAGUGGUUGUGGCCAGCACCGACUACUCCAUGUUCCAAGCGGAGGAGUUCACGCUGCUGCCCUGCCCUCACUGCAACAGUAGACAGGUCAGGAUACAAGGGAAACCACAGUAUAACCAUGUGGGAGAAAUCUUAGAUGGCAUUGAUAUGCGCGCUGAAGUGGCUCUACUCACCAGAAAUAUUCUUAUCUAUGGAGAAAUGGAAAACACUUGUUAUGAUGACAAUCUGUGCCAAUACUUUAACUACGACACAUUUGGAGGCCACAUCAAGAUCCUUGGCAACUUUUCCUCAGUGCAUCUUUCUGAUGUGGAGCUCAAGAACAUGGGCCAGCAGCGGGAGAAGGGCCGCUACCCACUGCACUUCCACAUGUGCGGGGACGUGGACCGCAAAGGGGGCUACCGGGAGCCCGCCUACGUGGACGGACUGGCCAUACACCACUCUUUCUCACGCUGCCUAUCUAUACAUGCCACCAAUGGGCUGUUGGUGAAAAACACAGUCGGUUAUGACACUCUGGGCCACUGCUUCUUUUUGGAAGAUGGUAUUGAGCAACGAAACACUUUUUACCAUAACCUUGGCAUGCUCACACGACCAGGGACACUGCUGCCCACUGACCGCAAUGAGACUAUGUGCACAGGCAUCCGGGACAAAGUCUACAAGGGCUACACUCCUUCUCCAAGUACAGAAUGCAAGGCAGUUUCAACAUUCUGGAUUGCCAACCCAAACAACAACCUUAUCAAUAACGCAGCUGCUGGGUCACAGGAUGCUGGCAUAUGGUUCGUGUUCCAUAGCGCUUCCACUGGCGACUCUCACGGACUGGUACCGGAAACCAAAGCAGAGCUGACUCCUCUAGGGAUUUUCUACAACAAUCGGGUACACUCAAACUUUAAGGCUGGUCUCUUCAUUGAUAAAGGAGUGAAGAUCACCAAUGCCAGUGCAGCUGACCCCAGAGAAUAUCUCUGUCUCGAUAACAAUGCUAGAUUUCGUCCACAUGUAAAUGCUGAUCCGAGUCGACCUCGUGUGUCUGCUGUCAUCGACACACUAAUAUCCUUCAAGAACAAUGACCUGGGCGCAUGGAUCAGAGGUGGUGAUAUUGUCAUUCAGAACUCUGGUUUUGCAGACAAUGGAGUGGGACUCUCCUUUGCUAGUGAUGGAAGUUAUCCCAAGGAUGAAGGCUCCAGUCAAGAGGUUACACAGUCUCUAUUUGUUGGCGAAAGUCCAAACGGGGGAACCAAUGGGGGACAAAAUAAAUACUGGGGCCAAGGAGGAGUGGAUGGAAAGAACAGGACGCUGCCCAGAAACAGGACGUUUCCAAUAAAGGGAUUCCAGAUUUAUGAUGGCCCUGUACGACUCACCAAAAGUACUUUUCGGGGCUUUCUGCCCACAGCGGAGCGCUACACCAGUGCAGUGGGAUUCAACCUAAAGAACACUUGGCAACUAACCCCUCGCAAUAACUUGUCCCAGCUGGCAUUUCACAACACUGUGAGUCUGCGAGCAUUCUUUGGGCGACCAGGUCAAUGGUUUGAGGAAAAUGAUUUGGACGGAGACAAGAAUUCCAUCUUUCACGAUGUAGAUGGUUCAGUAACGGGCUACAGAAAUACUUACGUGGGAAGAGCAGACAAUUACCUAAUCCAGCAUCCGGACUGCAUCCCCACGCCGCAAUGGAACGGCGUGAUUUGUAGUGGUCAAUACGCUCAAGUGUACAUACAAACUCAGGGAGCACCUGGCCUUUCCCUAUCCAUCAGCCGCGAUGAAUACCCCAGUUCACCUCUGACAUUGCGAGGUAUUAACAGCCAGGGGGCCUUGUCACAGCAGUACCAACCUAUCCUUAUGAUGGGCAAGAGCUACACACUGCACUGGAGUGGACCUGCUCCCAGAGAAGUGGUACUUUCUAUGAUCAACUUUGACAAAGAUGACUGGGUCCUGGUAGGUUUGUGUUACCAGGCUGAUACAGUCUUUCGGAUCAUGGCUGAUAUCAACGACAGGCAAAGCAACACAUUUGAUGACCUUACUGACUAUGGUACAGUGUCAUCCUUUGAGGAGCUGCAAAAGAAAUCAACGGAAAGAAAGUAUUUCUUUGAUCAAAAUGUUGGCUUGUUGUGGCUUUAUCUUCGCUCACGGCACGGCAGAGAUGGGCACAGCUAUUGUUCUGUAAUGGGCUGUGAGAGAGUAAAGGUUCUGGCCACCACGACUUCGAAACAGACUUGCAAUUGUACCUCCAGGGCUUACCCAAAGUAUGCACUACCACCCUCUGCUUCACUGCCCAUGCCAGUUCUAAACACUCAGCCAUGCCAGAACUGUGGAGCUAAACAGGACGUAUUUUCUAGUGAGCCAUGGACAGAUUAUCUUCAAACCCAAGUUAAGUCACUCAGCAGCAGUGAGCAGAAAAUGGGAGACAACAGCUCUUUUAUAACAGUGAACAAGGAAAACAUGCCCUUCUCCCAGCCUGGUUAUUUUGUGGUGGCUGUGAAUGCCUGUUCUGGCAAAGUGAUCAAGUACACGUUGUUUGGAAAAAUGGGCCUGAAAUUGGAAAACUACCUGAAAACAGGAAUACCAAAAAGCUCAAUAGUACUCAUGGCUACUAGAGGACACUUGGAUGGCAUAGCCAGUCUUGCACAACACCUAGUUCCACUUGGUUUAGCUAAGGUUGCUCAUCUUCAGAAUAAAGAGAGUGUGGCCUUCUGGGGUUUUCAAGGAGGUUCUAUGGCUCCUCCAUGGGGUGAUCUUCUGGCUAGUCAGGGCAAUGAUUUCCUGGGUGUGCAGGAGCGCUACCUGCCUCUGGCUUUGGAGUCGUAUGGAUGUCCACAGCCUGCAGCCACAACACGCAAAGACCUGGAACUACUCAAAGGAGCAACGACGCAAUGA